AUGGCCAAGGGACUGCAUGACUUACUGUCGAAUCGACACAAGUUCGCCCCCCAGAAUGAAAAUCUGCAACGUAAAUUUCAAGAGCGAACUUCUGUACCUUCAAAGGACCUGAAGGAACUAGAAGUCAAUGUGAAAAGUGUUCUAAUAGCAGCAGGUAAAUCGUUGCGAGUUAGUGAACUUGAAGAAGAAUACAAAGUUUUUUUCAGGUCAGGGAUUCCAUUUCGGGAUUUCGGUACCUUCAGUACCUUAGAGCUACUGAAAAGAAUCCCAGAAGCAUGUGAAAUCGGCAAUGAAUCAAGUAACGAUCCUCUUGUUACUGUAAAGAGUUCACGAAAAAGUGCUCACAUUAUUAAUUUAGUUAAAAAAAACAAAACAAAACCCAAAACACUACCUGUUAAGAGUGUCCCUCAGAAGGAUGUAUUUGUGCCAUUCACUGUUCAAGAUGAAAUUAGACACAUACUGUACUUAAAAAGAAGAGUUAGGAAAGAAGAAAUUAUGAAGUUGUUAUGGGAAAAAUUUGAUUUAAAUUAUUUAAAUCUUAAAGGGCCAAUCGACGAAUUGAUCCGAAGUCUGCCGCAUUUACUGAUUAAUGAUGGUGCAUUUGUGAGAAGUGCACAUCAGAUAAAGAAAGAAGAAGUAGAAUUACCAGAAGAACUUUGUAUAGAAGGAGCACAUUUGUGCCCCAGUUUCAGAUUGGGUUAUCGUGAAUCUCAAAUCUCUCAGAAUCUUUGUGCCUUACUUGCAGAGAAGAAGCAAAUAUACGUGAUUGAUAUCCCUCGUCUUUAUUUAAAAAAGUUUGGGAAAGAACUUAAAUGGCAGCAGUUUGGGUUUGCAGAUCUUUGGAGAUUUCUGCUACUUUUGCCAGGUGAUUUCUUUAUGUUCCAAUCUGACUCUGGAUAUGUUGUCACAGAAAAUGCUGUUCCUGGAACUGUGGAUUGCCGACAAUUCCAGGAACAGCAUUUGUGUGGUGAUGCUGUGUAUGAAGAAAUUCUAGAAAAAAUUAGAAAGUUGGUACUUCAUGUGAAUACAGGAUUAAAUUCAAAACAUCUAAUGUCUGCUUAUGAAACACUGUAUUGUGAAAAACUGUUAAUUAGGACGAAUUUUAAUCAAUUCCUAAGUGAACUUCAUAAUAAGCUUAUUUUUAAAAUUAAAGAAAUUGGAAAUUCAUGUGUACUCUUUCCAUGUAAUAUGUAUGACAUUUUUAGGUUGAAAGAGAAGAAACCUGAAAAACUUGAAAAAGUACAUCUGCCGAUUGAUGUUUUGAAACCUGGAGAUUCCUUGAAAAGUGUAAGUUUUGCAAAAGUAAUCAAUGCCAACAAUCAGCAGUUUUGUGCAGCUUUUGUCUCCUUUGUAGAAAGUCCUAAUAAUUUCUAUAUAAGAGUUGCUGGAAUUAGUGAAGGUGAAAUGGAACUGGAUGAAGAGUUCAGGGUUUUGACAGGUGAUAUGAGCAAGUUGUAUUCACUUUGUUCCGAAGAAUAUGAUAUUCCUGUCAGUGAAUUUAAAGUAAAAAUGGUAUGUGCUGCAUGUGUAAAAGGUGAAUGGCAAAGAGUGGUAAUUUUGGAUGUUUUGGAUAAUACUCGGAUAUUGGUUAAGUCUGUCGAUUAUGGCACAUAUCAUAAAGUCACUAUGAACAGUUUAAAGUACUUACCGAGAAGGUUUUCAAAUCUUCCUAGAUUAGCUUACCCAGCAACAUUAUUCAACAUUAAGCCAAUGGGAAGUGAAUGGGAUUAUGAAGCAAUAUUGACAUUCAGGAAAUUAACAGUAGGAAAUAAUAUGGAUCCUAAACCUUUAUCUACAAUCAUCAUCCACAGAAGUGAAGAGGGGGUAUUGCAGGUUGUGUUAUCAGAUGAAUAUCAGGAUAAAGUGAUCCAUCUGGGAGAUGAAUUGGUUGACUGGGGCUAUGCCUCAUUUAGGUUUGAAGAUGAAAUUUUUGGUGCCAUGUACUGUUGA